CACGGUGGUGCUGAGUCGACAGUGCGCUUUAAUUGGAGUUCAUUGGCCAUGCCGAAGAAGCAUGGAAAGAGAACCGGGAGAAAGGGAGAGAGGGAGCCAAAGGAGCACAGUCUCACAGACGUAAACAGAGGGAGGACAAACUUGAGCACCGAGACGGACAAGAAAUUGAGGCUGAAGAUGCAGGCAUCUGUCCACCAAUAAAAGAUCUUCCCAGCAUCGACCUGGCUAUGUGGGACUUGGGUCACUGUGAUCCAAAGAAGUGUUCCGGGAGGAGGCUGGUCAGGAAAGGUUUCGUUCGCCAACUCUCCCUGGGGCAGCGGUUCCGUGGUGUUGUUCUGUCACCAGAUGCCCAACUCUCCCUCUCUCCUGCUGACAGAGAGGUGGUUGCGUCGUGCGGCGUGGCCGUCAUCGACUGCUCGUGGGCAAAACUCGAGGAGACCCCGUUUUCCAAGAUGAGAGGGGCUCACCCUCGCCUCCUCCCGUUUCUCGUGGCCGCCAAUCCCAUCAACUAUGGACGGCCGUGUAAACUGUCGUGUGUGGAAGCCUUUGCUUCUGCUCUUAUCAUAACUGGUUUCAGAGAGCUUGCAGAGAGGGUGUUAACCGUCUACUUCAAAUGGGGCCACGGAUUUCUCUCUCUCAACAGGUAUUCUGUAUGCAAUUCAUGAAUGUGAACUCUUGACGCUUGAAAUUAAGUGCACGUGAGCCGAUUUGUACAGAGGUGAUAGGCAAUCCAAGCACAUUUUCUCAGAAAGUUUCCCACACUAGUGGUUGCUUGUUCGUAGAGCUGCCAGUGAUAAAUGUCUUGAACUGUUGUAUAUAUGUACAUCUCAGCUAUUGAGCAUAUCCACUUAGUCACAUUGUUAUCACAUUGACAUACAUGCCCAAGAUGGGAUCUACGUUAAUUUGUGCAGCGAUAGUCUAGAGUUGGUAUGCGCCUAAUGAGGCUACGUUUGAAACUCGUGCAGUGAUCUUUUAGAGGCAUACUCGAGGUGUGUUGACGGGUGUGAGGUGGUUAGAGUCCAGCAAAGGUGGCUGGAGGAGGCACAUCGAGAGAGACAGUCUCAGAGAGAAAGUGAGCACAUUUUCGUUUCUGUGGGUGGUGUGUAUUAUACUGUGUAGGG